AAACAUUUGACUCAUGAAGUCAAGAUAUGGAAGGAACUACGGCAUCCCAAUAUCCUUGAGUUCAUCGGAUAUGCCAUUGCGGCGAACGCUCGGACAUGAAGGCUAUUUUGGUGUCGAAAUGGUGUACAAACGGGAAUGUUAUGCAAUAUUUAAGAGCACAUCCGAACUCGAAUAGGACCGACUUGGUUGUUGGUAUGGCAAAUGGACUACACCAUCUUCACAGCCGAAAACCCCAAAUCAUUCACGGUGAUCUGAAACCAGACAACGUUUUGAUAAGUGAUGAAGGCGCAGCGCAGCUCUGUGACUUUGGUAUGUCCCGUGUAAUGAAUGAAUUGUCCAGAGUUGCCCAGACGACAUCGACUCCGCUGGGAUACACGAUACGAUACUCUUCAUAUGAAGUCAUCGUUGAGGAGAAGAAGACGGAGUUCAGCGAUGUCUACGCAUUCGGGUGCACAUCGAUACAGAAAUGAUCAUAGAGUGAUUGCUGCAAUUGGAACCGACAAUCUCCUUGGGUGUGGGACAUGGAUGUGCCAUUCAACGCAUUCUUUCUCGAUGUUGUGAUCCACAUCAGAAUGAACGCCCGCCAAUUAGCAUCUC